AUGACCACGGUAAACACCACCCCCUUUACUGACCAAAAGCCCGGGACUUCCGGCUUGAGAAAGAAGGUGUCGGUUUUCAAGCAACCCCACUACACUGAGAACUUCAUCCAGUCGAUUUUAGAUGCCAUUCCUGAAGGCAAACAAGGCGCUACCCUUGUUAUUGGCGGGGACGGCAGAUACUACAACGACCAUGUGAUUCAGUUGAUUGUGUCAAUUGCCCAAGCUAAUGGCGUUAAGAAACUUAUUAUCGGUCAGAAUGGUAUUUUGUCUACUCCCGCCACUUCCCACGUCAUCCGCAUUCGCAAAGCUACUGGGGGCAUUAUCUUGACUGCCUCCCACAACCCCGGUGGUCCCAACAAUGAUCUUGGUAUCAAGUACAACUUGGCGAACGGUGGUCCCGCUCCGGAAAAUGUUACCAAUAAGAUCUUUGACAUUUCCAAGCAAUUGAAGUCCUACCAAAUCUCUGAGAAUGCGCCUGUUGAUUUGCUGAAGAUCGGCAGUGUUGAUGUCAAUGGUUUGGAAGUGGAGAUUAUCGACUCGGUCGCUGACUACAUUGCUAUGCUUCAAGAUAUCUUCGACUUCAACUUGAUCAAGAAGUUUUUGGCUAAGGCUGGUAACAACUUUACCGUGUUGUUUGAUGCCCUUAACGGGGUUACCGGUCCUUAUGGUUACAAAUUGUUUGUCGAAGAAUUGGGAUUGGGUGAACUGUCGGUGCAAAACUGCAAGCCGUUGCCCGAUUUUGGUGGUUUGCACCCCGAUCCCAACUUGACUUACGCCAGAACUCUCGUUGACCGUGUCGACAAAGAGCACAUUGGGUUUGGCGCUGCCUCCGACGGUGAUGGUGACCGUAACAUGAUCUAUGGUGCCGGCACUUUUGUUUCUCCCGGUGACUCGGUUGCCAUUAUUGCUGAAUACGCUGACGCCAUUCCUUAUUUCAAGAAACAGGGCGUGUACGGCUUGGCGCGCUCCAUGCCCACUUCCGGUGCCAUUGACCUCGUGGCUAAGAAGCACAACUUGAAUUGCUACGAAGUGCCCACUGGUUGGAAAUUCUUCUGUGACUUGUUCGAUGCGAAAAAGUUGAGCAUCUGUGGGGAAGAAUCUUUUGGCACUGGUCUGAACCACAUUCGCGAAAAGGAUGGUUUGUGGGCUGUCACUGCCUGGCUCAAUUUGUUGGCAGACUUUUACAUCAACCGCAACCCUCUGGCCACUGACUACUCUAUUAAGGAAGUACAAGAUGCUUUCUGGAAGAACUACGGUCGCACGUUCUUCACCAGAUAUGAUUUUGAAAACGUCUCAUCUGACGGCGCUAACCUGUUAGUUGAGAACCUUGCUAAAAUUGUUGAAAACGUCAAGAAGGGCGAUGAGUUGGUUUCUGGUUACGUGGUCGCUGAUGCGGAUAACUUUAGCUACACCGACUUGCACGGUAACGUUGCGCUGAACCAAGGUUUGUACAUCAAGUUUGAAAACGGCUUGAGAUUCGUGGUGCGCUUGUCAGGCACGGGCUCAUCUGGGGCUACGGUAAGAUUGUAUCUUGAACGCCACCUGGACGAUGAAAAGGUGUACGGCGAGUCUGCUGACAAGUUCUUGAAAAAAGAUAUCGAAUUUGUGUUGAAUAAGCUUGAGUUUAAGAAAUUCUUGGGUCGCGAUGAACCUGACGUGAAGACUUAA